UAUCAACAAUUUAUUAAAUUUAACAAAUGCCACAACAAAUUGUGGACAUCAACAUCAACAACAAAAUGAAUAUCAUUCAUUGCCGCAUGAUAUCUCAGAACGUUUGCUUAGUACAACAACGGCGGCAACAACAACAAUAACAACAACGACGACAGAUAACAUUUGUACAAAAACACAAAGAGAUGAUGUUAAUGAAUUUCGGGCUAAAGAUAAUAAUUCAGAUUCUGAUUCAGCAUUAUCAUCAGCACCGCCAUCAAUCAGUCCACAACCGCCACCAGCGGGCAUGGAUACAACUGAUAUAUGGCAAACGAUACGCACCUACACAACAGACAUUGAAAAAUUACAAAAAGAAAUUGAAAUACUACAAAAGGAUAAUAAACAUCUGGAAACGGAAUUAAAUUUAGCAAAGCAACAAAUUUUAGAAAACGAAAAGACUGCAAUAGAGGCCAAUAACAGUCCAAGAGUGAAACAGCUCAUGGAACGCAUUAAAUUACUGGAAGAACAAGAAUAUCAACUGCAAACUGAAACAAAUGAGUUACGUGAACAGAAUGAACUUCUAGAAUUUCGUAUUCUAGAACUCGAAGAGACCAAUGAUAAG